GGAGUUAAUAGUCAAGAGGCGUCGCUUAACAACGAGGCAAAGAAAGUUUCUCUCUCUGCCAUCAUAACCGCGCUUUUAUUUCUCUUGAAAGCCGCUGACAACUCGUUGGAUUUAAAAUGAGGAAGUUUGUGCCAUUUUCGAAGAUUUGGCUAAUGUUUGCGUGUUUACUUAUUCUAGCGAUCUGCAUGCAGAUGGGUUUUACACCUGUGUACAGUAAAGUGAGACAGCUGAUAUCACUCAGUGCUGACGACAAGAAUAUUAAUGUUUCUGAGAAGGUCGACAAACCCAGUGAUGAAGUGACCUUUGGGAAAAUCCAUGAAAGCAAAGGAAAGGAGAAUUUGUGGAAAUGGGCGAGCAAAGGCCUUGCUGUGACAGCAGUAACUGAGGCAGUGAAACACACCACCACACCGUCGUACUUUGGAGACUGGUACCCCACGGACCAUACCUACCUUCAAUCAAAAUGUCCUGUGACUGCAAGAGGUCGACUGGCAAAUACAUCAGAGUUCAAGGACGUUUUCUUGGGAACGGUACCUAUCCUUCAAUGGUGUAAACACGUGACGGAGCAGGCAUACCAGAGGCUGAAGUGGUACAAUGGGGCUCAUGGAUGGAGUGUGAUAAGUUACGAAGAUCUGAAGGAUACUCUGAGCUACCUCAACACCUCUGCCAAUGCCGUCCUCUUUGAUGACUGGGAGAAAAAGCCGAACAAGAAGUCGGACUGUAUCCGCUGCGCGGUGAUCGGAAAUGGGGGAAUUCUGAAUGGCUCUCGAAAGGGCAAGGAAAUCGACCAGCACGACUAUGUAUUCAGGGUGAACGGUGCCAUUGUUAAAGGAUUUGAAGAAGAUGUGGGAACUAGGACCUCCUUUUAUACAUUUUCCACAAAUACAAUGAAGAAUUCUUUAUAUGCGUAUCACCGUGUAGGAUACACUAGUCUGCCAAAUACUGAGGAGACAAGAUACAUUUUUCUCCCAGAUCAUGAUCGAGACUAUUAUCUGGCCAAAGCUGCGAUUACAAACACAUCCAUAUCAAAGGGAAAAGACAAAUCUAAAAGUCCACCUACUUAUUUUGGCAAAAAUGGGAAGGCGGAAAAAUUCAAGAUGUAUCAUCCAGACUUCAUCCGAUACAUCCGAAACAGGUUUUUAAAGGCAAACAUUUUGAAAUCACGAUACCGAAACAUCUAUCGCCCAUCCACAGGAGCAACGAUGCUGAUGGCUGUCAUCCAUUCAUGUGACGAGGUCUCUGCCUACGGCUUUAUGACGGAAGAUUACGCAAAGUAUUCGGAUCAUUACUUUGACAAGACCUACCACAGGGUGGUAUUCUAUUCAAACCAUGAUAUGAGACUGGAAAUGCGAUUGUGGAAGAAGCUGAAUGAACUGGGAGUAAUUAAACUUUACACCAAAGACAACAGUGAGAACAAGACAAGGAGAUAAUACCACCUGAAAUAGGGUUGUACUGAAGAAUAUAAUUCACUCUGGAACUUUCAUUUGGAAGAAUAUCAUUAACUUCUGUGGUCCUUUCAACAUUGAGAAACUGAAACUGAUUUGAUAUUGAUGAUGCAAAUCUGUUUAUUGAUCAAGUUUUUCCUCUGACGUAUGAUUAUGGUGAUUCUUAUUCUAAAUUUUUUUCAUUGCUGCUGUAAGAAAGGGGAAAACUGAUGGGAUGAGGGACUGUGCACUACUGAAGGUUACUAAAUCCAGGGAAUUGAUCUUUUACUGUGGAGUACAUACUGUGUAAAUGGAACUGAAAGAAUUAUGUUUACAUUGUCCCAUUUAUGUUUGUUCAGCUGUUUGAUUUUAUUUUUUUCCAAAGGUUUGACUUUGGCACUCUUACUACUUUCAAAUAAUUUCUAAACUGACCGAUCAGUCACCGUAUGCGUUGGGUGGUUUACCCAAUUUAGCAUCCAAUCUCUCGUCGUACGGGCAUGGAAAUUCAGGCGCAAUUGCUAAGUCUGAGUUGCCCAUGUCCUUGUUUGUAGCUGUCCUCUACAAGAGAGGCUGGUCCGCUGAUUGACAGUUGCAUGUCUGGGGAAAUUAGUAAUUCUGGUUUAAGGCACAAUACUAUCGGCUGGAGGUGUGAUGUUGAUUCAAAGUCUUCCUGUAGAAACCAAAGAAUAAAACCUUAAAGUUCAAAGUUCAAGUGUAUUUUUUUUUGCCAGUGUUUGUAUGUCACCAUAUACUCCCCUGAGAUUCAUUUUUUCUUGCAGGCAUUCACAAU